AUGGAGAGCGGAGCCCGCUGCAAGAUCGUGGUGGUGGGGGACAGCCAGUGCGGCAAGACGGCGCUGCUGCAUGUCUUCGCCAAGGACUGUUACCCCGAGAACUAUGUCCCCACCGUGUUCGAGAACUACACGGCGAGCUUCGAGAUCGACAAGCAGCGCAUCGAGCUCAACAUGUGGGACACCUCAGGCUCAGCGUAUUAUGACAACGUCCGCCCCUUGGCCUACCCCGAUUCGGACGCCGUGCUCAUCUGCUUUGACAUCAGCCGCCCAGAGACGCUGGACAGUGUACUCAAGAAGUGGCAAGGGGAGACCCAGGAGUUCUGCCCCAAUGCGAAGAUCGUGCUGGUUGGCUGCAAGCUGGACAUGCGGACAGAUCUGAACAUCCUCCGGGAGCUCUCCAAGCAGCGCCUCAUCCCCGUCACACACGAGCAGGGCAGCACGCUGGCCCGGCAGAUGGGGGCAGUGGCCUACGUGGAAUGCUCCUCCAAGGUCUCCGAGAACAGCGUGCGGGAUGUCUUCCACGUAACCACGCUGGCCUCCGUGAACAGGAUGCACAAGAAUCUCAAGCGCAGCAACUCCAAGCGGGGACUGAAGCGGGCGUCUCAGAUGCCCAGCAGGACGGACUUGUUGAAUGACACAGAGAUCAGGAAAGACCGAGCCAAGAGCUGCUCCAUCAUGUGACAAAUGGGCUAUAAAUAAUGUGUGUGUGUGUGGUGUUUGUUUUGUACAGUAAGGGGCCUAGACAAGGGCCCGACGCUGGCUGCGGGAGCCAGCCUGCCUUCCCAAGGCUUUUCUUUUAGUCUCUAGGUCUGAGAGACGCUAGCUGCAAAUCAGGGUGCAUGUGUCACCCCCCCACCAUGGAGACUUCUGGAUUGGGUGUUGCUGUGCUGACUGCUUGGGAUAAAGGAACCACUCAGCAGAGGAAUAUUCAGGUGCUGGAGAGUCUGUGAUGAAGUGAAGAAAAAGGGAGAGAGAGAGAGAGAGAGUGUGUGUGUAUGUGUGUGUGUGUGAGAAUCUCCUGUACGCACGUCUCCCUGUGUAUGUGCGGCUGUACCAACACACACAGCGCGCAGGGGGACAGGCGGUGGGGUCUGGAACGGAGGCCGAGGAAGUGGGGGGAACUGUCAGUGACUGUUCCUGGGCCGAAGAAGUAAUAUCCCAAUAAUCUUUUAGGACCAAAAGCAGCAGGUGAGUCACCACUGGAAGGGACUGGCUCCGGCUGUAAGGCAGGGUCACCGUAGGAAGUAGGAGAUCUGGGUCAGUGAGCUGGGAGGGGAAGGCUCCCUGGGGUGGACUAUAACCCAGUGGGAUUUCUAGUCAGCCCCGAGUGGAGGACAGAUAAUUUGCCCCUUCCGAGACAUUUUAAUUACAUCCAAACGCUGUUUAAACAGUUGUGAUAUACCCGUGGGGAGACCUGGCCCCAGAGGAGAGGUCA